AUGUCAAUUCAUACUCAUUUUUAUUUAGAAUUAAGACUCUGUUGUUUGGUUUUAAGGUUGGUGACAGAUAUUCCUGGUACUACUGGAGCAUCCUUUGGCCAAGAGGUGGUUUGCUAUGAGAGUCCUCGACCAUCCGUGGGGAUUCACCGAUUCGUAUUCGUGUUGUUCCGUCAACUUGGAAGGCAAACUGUGUAUGCUCCUGGGUGGCGUCAAAACUUCAACACCAGGGAUUUUGCUGAACUUUACAAUCUUGGCUUGCCUGUUGCUGCUGUCUUUUUCAAUGGCCAGAGGGAAGGAGGCUCUGGUGGAAGAAGGUCAUGAUUUCUCUACAAUUCACCCUUCACAUUAUUAUAUUGAGGGGUCUUUAACAUAUAUUAUACAUGAAAUAUCAUCAUAUAAAAAAUUAAUAAUGAAAAUUGCUUUAUGAUAACCUUUAAAUAGAACACUUGGAA